AUGGAGGCUACCAUUCUCACAGUGGUGAACAAGUUCGGCGAGGUCGUGGUGGGGGAGUACCAGCACCUGCACGCCGUUGACGGCGAUGUAAGGGAUCUCGGUCGAAAACUUGAAGUUUGGAUGACUUGGGUGCAAAUGGCGGAGCAGGCUAACCACACAAGACGCAGCAAAAUGGUCGGCGUGUGGAUGAACCAGCUCCGCCGCGCCAUGUUGGACGCUGAAGACAUUGUCGACGAGUACUUCAUAGCAGUUUACAAGUCACGCCCAGGGUUCGAGACACGGGAAAGAAGAAGGUGGCCAUGCAACAUCCGUUGCCUCCCGGAGGUCCCCUGCUUCCCCUUCUCGGUGAUGCCCUGUUUCCCCUUGUCGGAGGUCCCCCUCCGGUAUACCUUGUCUCAAGACAUCACCAACAUCAUCGAGGUGCUCAAAGGGAUCCAGGAUGACUCUCUGGUCGACAUGAGAACCAAGGUGGAAGAUCUUGUGGCCAGUACCAAAGAAGCCCUUGACAUACCGAGCUUGGAUACUCUCACCAAUAAGAAUUUCAGGUGUGUCGAAAAGCUGAUUGGUUCGGAUGAACAUAUCAAGUGCAUAAGCAGGGCGCUUCUGGGCGGGCAGAGUGAUGUUGUGGUAGUUACCGGGGAGAGUGGCGUUGGCAAGUCAACAGCAGCGCGAGCAGCCAUCCAGGAUGGAGCUGUGCAGAAACAUUUUGAUGUUCGCGCUUGGGUGUGCUUGCCAGCACAAUCAAGGGUUGGGAGGUACUUGGAUAAAAUUCGGGAGCAGGCUCAAGAGCAGACACACGGCUGUGAUUGGCCCACAAGCGAAGAAGGCGUGAAGCAAGUGCUGGCUAGACUGAAACUGCUAGUGGUAUUGGAUGGAAUGGACAGCGAGGCUGAGCUGAUGGAGGUUCUAGGGAGUUUGCCUCAUGGCGCCGAGGGGAGCAGGACAGUGGUCACAACAGAGAAUCCAUGUGACCUAAUCAUUGAAGCUAGGGAUGACAUUACAAUGGUGGAGAUCAAAGGCCUCCGACGAGAUGAAUGCCUAAAAUUGCUAGACAGCAGGCUUUAUCCAUGUAGCCGUGAUGUUUACAUGAAGCACCACGACAAGUUCAGUGACAAGAUAUUUGCAAUUUCAGGAGGGCUGCCUCUUGCGGUUGUAUUGAUCUCGGGACUUUUAUACUUCAAAGACAAAGAAAAGCAGUGGGAUGAGGUGUUCGAUCUGCUAGAAACCUGCGAGCACAAGAGGCAGAUCAAGGGGAUACUGACAGUGAGCUACGGCACAAUGCCUACAGUCCUCAGGCUAUGCAUGCUAUACUUUGCUGCCAUGCCUGCCAACGUCCCCCUUGACAUCAACAUAUUGCUGAGGUUGUGGAGUGCUGAGGCCUUAUUUGUGUCGGAACAAAGAGAUUUGGAAGAAGCGCAAAGGGAAGGCCGGCCGCCGCAGUGUAUCCUUGCCCUAGUGUCACGAGGCCUUCUCCAAUUGGCGCAGUCUCCUGACAAGGUGUGCAUUCAUCAAAGAGUUCAGAGUUUUGCCAAGGAUUUAGCACAUGAUGAUGGAUUCAUGGAAGCUGACGACAAGUUCCGCGCCUUUGGAGCAUCAACUGUUCGUGGCCUCUCCAUCCAGAACUAUAGUGAAAGUGAAACGGAGGUCCACAUGGGCGAUAUCCGUUUCAAUAAGCUGCGCAUUUUGUUGGGCUAUUUUUCCGAAAACCCAGCACCCGGCCUGAACAAGAAUGGCAGGUUCAAAUCCCUGCGUCACUCCCAUUUCCUUAGAGUCAUUGAACUCCAGUGCGUUCGUCUUGGUGCCUUACCAGACCGUAUUGGGGAUAUGAUUCACCUAAGGUAUCUUGGCGUUCGUGGCUGUUCCUUGACACAUCUCCCGGACUCGGUGGCAAUGUUGCUGAAUCUGGAGACACUGGACAUAACUGAUAAUGAUAUUGGCGCUGUCGUGGAUAAGUUUUGGAUGAUUCAGAACCUCAAGCAUGUGCUCGCCAACAAACUCUCGUUACCAACCUCCGCGGCAUGCAUGGCUUCGGACUCAAACCUUGAAACACUCCAUGGAGUGGUUCUUUCUCCACUCUCCACGCAGGAGGACUGCCCACUAGAUGCAACGCACAAACUCUUCUCUUUAGAAGUUGUGCUUGCCACAGCAGCGAGUGUGCCGGUGCUGGCCAAUGCUCUGAAGAAAAUAAGCUCUGUAAAGCGCAUCAAGGUAAAAGGUGACAUCGUUCCACUGGAUUUUCCAUCCAUCAAGGUGCAGUCCCUGGAAUUAGAUGGGACAAUACAAUCGGUCACUCCCAAUUAUAAAUUGACAGCCACCAGUCUUGUCCUGAGGUCAUCACGUCUGUCUCAGUCAUUGCUGCACAGUCUUGUCUCAGAAUCAGCCAUACUUGAGCUAGAAUUGCUAGACAAGUCAUUUACUGAGACCCAGCUGGUGCUCAAGGCAAAUGGUUCCACACAUUUAAGGAAGCUCAAGCUUGGAAACUUGGAACUGUUGGAGGAAUUGGUUAUACAGCAAGCUGCAAUGCCUAGGCUUGAAACCUUGGAGAUAUUUGGCUGUCCCAACAUGAAGAUAAUCACUGGCCUCAAGGAUUCAAUCUGUCUCAAAAAUGUUGCCCUAUAUGACAUGCCAGAGGUUGUUGCAACAAUCAAAGCUGAGGACCCAGUGCUCUUCGACAAGGUCAAGCAUGUCAUGUCUGCGGCAUGGGCGAAUACAACCUGA